UUAUUUGUUCCGGAGGAAGUGUUUCGGCGACGUACUGGUCUGGGACAUCUUCCGAAAAAGUCGUUUCCUGACAUUAGGAAGAAGUUUGUAGCAAAAGCAGAAAUCAGUCGCGUCGUGGAAAGCAUGGCCGAGACCAAUGAAAACCUGAAGAACUACGAGGAGAUGUUUGCCAACAGAUUUUCAUCGGACGACAAAGAAUACCAGCAGUAUCUGGAUCGUCCAGCUGACAUCCCACCCAUCGUUGAGGACUGGAGGAGUCGUGGAGGUGGAAACCACAGAGGCAGGGACAGGUACCAGGACCGUCGAGGUCGUGGCUGGGGAGGAGGUCGAGGUUGGGGAGGGGAACAUCGUGGGCAGCAACACUGGCAUGACAGAGACAGAGACAGAGACAGGCACUGGGGGCAUGGAAGUGGGUAUCAAUCAGGCCCUCCAAGCUCCAACCAGGGAUACAACUCCUAUCAUCAGAGACCACGUUAUGACCGCUGAUCUCUACUCUAAUCUCUCGGGUCUUACAACUUGCAUUCUUGACUCUCAUUUCCAGUCUCAUAAGCUGAGUAUAAGGCACAACGGUUGAGCUAUAUAUCAAUAUGAAUAAUGUACUGUCGAUCAUUGUAAUUGUGUGGAACCUUUUUUAAAUAUUGUGACAGUUUUUUUUGUCAGAAUAAAAAAUACAAAGCCAA